AUGGCAUCGUUCUUCGAUAUCAAGGCCCGCAAAGCUGCGGCCGCCGCGAAUAGCGGCUCAGAGUCCAAGCAGACCAAGGCCGACGACGGCCGGGUCCAGCCCUGGGUUGAAAAAUACCGUCCCAAGAGCCUCGACGACGUCACCGCCCAAGAACACACCGUCAGUGUUCUCCAACGAACGCUACAAGCCGCCAACCUCCCUCACAUGCUCUUCUACGGCCCGCCCGGCACCGGAAAGACGUCGACCAUCCUCGCCCUCGCUAAGCAGCUCUACGGGCCCGAGAUGAUGAAGUCGCGCGUGCUCGAGCUCAACGCCUCGGACGAACGCGGCAUCUCCAUCGUCCGCGAAAAGGUCAAGAACUUUGCGCGCAUGCAGCUCACCAACCCGCCCACGGCCAACGGCUACCGCGACCGCCACCCCUGCCCGCCCUUCAAGAUCAUCAUCCUCGACGAGGCCGACUCCAUGACGCAGGACGCCCAGAGCGCGCUGCGCCGCACCAUGGAGAUUUACAGCAAGAUCACCCGCUUCUGCCUAAUCUGCAACUACGUCACCCGCAUCAUCGACCCGCUUGCGAGCCGCUGCAGCAAGUUCCGCUUCAAGAGCCUCGACCAGGGCAGCGCGAGGCGCCGACUCGAGGCUAUCGCGGAGGCCGAGAAGGUGCCGCUCGAGGAGGGUGCCGUCGACGCGCUGAUUCGCUGCGCAGAGGGCGACCUGCGCAAGGCGGUCACGUUCCUGCAGAGCGCGGCGCGCCUGGUCGGCGCCGGGCCGGCGGCGGGGCAGCCCAAGGAUGUGGAUGGCGACGAGGCCAUGGAUAUGGACGGGAAGGCGGUGACGGUCAAGAUCAUCGAGGACAUUGCCGGCGUGAUUCCCGGCAAGACGAUAGACGAACUCGUGGCCGCCCUGCGCCCGCGUGGAUCAACUGGCUCAUAUACCGGCGUCUCCAGGGUGGUGGAAGACAUGGUGGCGGACGGCUGGAGCGCCGGACAAAUCGUGUCCCAGCUGUACCAAGUCCUCGUAUACGACGAGACGAUUCCCGACGUACAAAAAAACAAGAUGGUCAUGGUCUUCUCGGAGGUGGACAAGCGGUUACUGGAUGGCGCCGACGAGCACCUGUCGAUCCUCGACUUGUCCAUGAGAAUAUCUGCCAUCAUGGCUGAAAAGUAA